GAGUUUCAACAAGGGAUGCUUACAGUCUGUGUCGAUCUCAAGAAGGCAUUUGAUUCAGUGCCUCGAGAGACACUCUGGGAUCUUCUGCAUCUCUGCGGAAUUCCUACAAGAAUUAUUGGCCUAUUAACUGGCCUCUACUCUGGGACUGGAGAAGAACACAAUGGGUGGAAUGUUUUGUAUCAAAAUAUGAAGCAGGGCCAAACUGCUAGUAAAGAGUUGGCAGAAUUUUUCAAAGAAAGAUGGUCAAUAGAUGAGACGUACUCAAAGUCACUGGUAAAAUUAGCAAACAAAGCCAAUAGCAAUACAGAGAAAGGAACCUAUGCUCCAAUAUUUGGGGUUUUACGACAGUCAUCAGAAAAGCUCUCCUCGAUUCAUUCAACCACCGUCCAGCGAGUUCAGGAGUUAGUCAAGGAAGUAGUCAAGUAUAAUGAUGAACUGCACAAGAAGCAUAAAGUGGUAAAAGAUGAAGAAAGCCAAACAGAGGAAAUUGUAAAAAGCAUCCAGGCAACUAGUGGUUUGGCACAAAAAGCAAAAGAAACAUAUGGCCAAAGAUGCCAGGACCUAGAGAAAGUGCGUCGAGAUGGUGCUUCUCCUAAAGAACUAGAAAAAGCUGAAGCAAAGCUGAAGAAAGCUCAUGAUGAAUACCGCAGUCUUGUGGACAAGUAUAACAACAUUCGAGAGGAAUUUGAGAAGAGGAUGACAACAUCAUGCAUGAAUUUUCAAUCUGUGGAAGAGACACAUUUAGUACAAAUGUUAAAGUUUGUGAAUACUUACAUAUGUGUGCUCCAGAGCAAUCAUGAAGCCAUGGGACAGGUUCAUCAGGAUCUUCUAAAUCAAUGUUCCAAGCAUUCUGUUGAAAAAUUGUUGGAUAUGUUUGCACUUUCAAAGCACACUGGACUAGAAAAACCAAAUGCAAUGGUAUUUGAGGAGUCAGAAUCAAUAGGGUCAGGUGUGUCUGGACAACAGUCUCCAGAACCUGCCGACCAGUCCAAGGCAUCUGUGGAAGACACAGGAGGCAGUGGAGGAAGCUCAGCAGGAGGCGUUCUAGCUGGAGGUUCUGUAGUCGUCACAAAGCCUGGUAGGAUGGAGAGUGGUAAAAAGCUAUUGCGAGACCGUACCUCAAUUUUUUCCAUAUCCAGGGUUACCUCACGAUCUUCCUCGGCUACUGCAGCAGGUUCUGGUAGUCAUGUAGGAAGUGGGGGAAACAUUAGCAGGGUUACUGUAAAUGCUUCUGCCUCUUCAUGUAGCAGUAAAAUCCUCAGCACCUUCACACAGGACCACAGCAGUUCACCUGAGUUGAAAGCAAAUACACCAUCAAGAAAUACUUCUUCUGUUAAAGGCAACUUCACCUGUGCCACAAGUCUCAACAAACCAUCCCGUCGGACCACUUCUUUACUCAACCUGUUUGUGGCGUCCACUUCCUCUGCUGGUCGCAGUGAGCGUGAGUGGUCUGCCCCUCCCAGCUGUGACUCAGGUGGGGGGGAAGAUAGCCAGGAUGGGGAUGUAGGUGAAAGGGACACUGAGAGCCUGCCCCCAUCUCCAGCUAAGGCUUCCCCAGCCCGUGUGACUAGUGCUCCCACCAGCCCCACGGCAACAGAUGAUUCAAGCCUGGGUCGCACUGUAUUCCGCUCAUCAAAGUUGUCGUUACCAGGAGGAACACCAGUAUUAUCUUUUGGGUUUCUGAGAAGUAGACGAGACAGAAAAAUCAAGGAAAAGAAAGUUAAGAAAAAGAAGGAUGCAGAUUCAUCAAGUAACAAAGAAGAGAAAUCUGACAAUGAAGGCAAUGAUGAUUCUGGAGCAAAGACUAGUGAUCCAGCAACAGUGGUAGUGACAUCUGCCUCUGAUAAGGGGAGCAUCAGUGGCCAGACUCCAAAUGUAGACGAAGAAGGAUUCUCAGUACGCCCUCAGGAACAAAAGGCAGCUGGUGAAGAUAAUAGCUUUGAUUCAUCCUCAGACACAGACUCAGAUGCAGAACCGGAGAAAAAAAUUCAUGUGGAGAUCAAGCCAAUCAGCAAUGGGAAUGCCCCAUUGUCUCCUAGUGUUGAUGAGCUGCGUGCCACCAUUGAAGGAAUGUCUCUGUCUCCUGCUUCAUACCCCUCGAUAACCUCGGAAGGAAAGAGCAAGAUCAGGUACCUAACCUUACAGAAGACUAGAAGAACUUCGACGGAUGCAUCGGAUUCAUUUUCCAUGAAGCGCUCCUAUAGCAUAACCCAGCCGCCAAGCAAUAAAUCGAGUUCUGUAGACCUGCUUGGCUUGAAUCUCAACUUUGGCAACAGUGAAAGCCCAAGAAGUACUGCAGGCAGUGAAUCAUCUUUCAAUCGACCAAUCUCUCCUGUGUCAAAAGGCGUCUCAUCCCCAGCUCCCUCCAUCACCUCUGUCACCUCUCCCAUCCUAGCUCCACCCCCUCGUGCUGAUAGAUAUGCAGAACUCAGUGAUAUUCUAAAUGAAACUGAACCAGAAACUCCUCCAGCAUUGCCACCCAGGACCGGGGGAGGUUCCUCCAGUCGGGGAUCAACCCCUACGCCAACCAUGGCUAUCCCAAGACCUCCCUCACGGAAAUCCAUUGAAGGUCCAGCACGAGGUCGCCAGAGUCCCUCCACUGUACUUCCCCGGGCUGAGUCUGUAUCCAGUCUGGAGUUCCGAACCUCAGGCAUGAUGGGCACUUCUCGUGGUCCCUCGCCCCUCACCAUAGGCUUGUCCGACACAAUACCUCUUGCUGUUGCAUUUCAAGAACUUUGCCAUGCUUACUUUAGGGGAACUGAUGAAUCCAGGUGCCAGGUAAAGGUGACAGGGGAGAUGAUGGUGUCGUUUCCUGCUGGCAUUGUUGGUGUUCUGGCCAAUAAUCCAUCACCAGCUCAGCUAUCCUUCAAGGUCAACAAUAUAGCUAAAAUCACAAAUGUGCUGCCCAACAAGCAACUAAUAACAAUGGAUGAAGAACAAUCAACUUCAGACUAUGGAAUAUUCAAUUUCAACAUGAAUGCACUUACAUCGCUUCUCCGAAAACAAGCUGAAGGCAACCCUUCUGCAUCUUACUUUAAUGUUGACAUGAUCAAAUAUCAGGUGAACACUCUAAAUGGAGCAACUACUUCACCACUCCAGUUAGUUUCGUACUGGAAGUGUGAAGAUAAUCACACUGACCUUCGUAUAGAUUACAAGUACAAUCCUCAUGCUCUUGCUUCUCCAUCUCCCUUGCUGAAUGUAAAUGUCAUGGUUCCUGUGGAUGGUAUUGUAAAAAAUAUGCAGUCCAAACCUCAGGGUCAAUGGUUAAAAGACCAGCAACGAGCAGUAUGGAAACUAACAGAACUGUCCCCACACUCAACCAACAAUGGAGUUGGUUCUUUAAGGGGCAAGUUUGAGGUGGCUGCAGGUCCAUCCACACCAGCCACUGUCUCCACACAGUUCAAUUGUGAAGGCACAACAAUAUCAGGCUUGGAAUUCAAUCUUCUUGGCUCAGGGUAUCGAGUUUCACUGGUGAAGAAGAGAUUUGUUUCAGGCAAGUACAUAUGUGAUGCAGAUGCUGUGUUAAGAUUACGGUACGGCUCAAUACCCAGCUAGUAUUAGGUAUUGUAUAUUAAUUUUCUAUGUAGCCAGUGUAAGACAAUUUAAAAAUUUUUAUAUAAUUUUUUUUUAUUAUUAUUAUUAGUAUUAGUAUUAGUAUUGUUAU